AAUUCAAGUAAAAAAAUAAAGUAAAUACUUCUAAAAGGCUAAAUAGAAAGACGAGGUAUAUAAUAAUAGGCUUUUUAUUAUUCAUCGUAAUCAAUGAUAAUAAUAUUGUCCAAAAAGGAAGCUGGCGCAAGAUUGACAUCUUCAUGUCUGGCCCACGAAAGAUCAUACUCGCAAUAUGUGCACAACACCCCACUGUGCGACGGCCAGGAACAAUAAUAGCUAUAUAUUCCUUCUCGUCCACCUUGUUUAGUAUCAAUUAAAAUGUACGUAUAAUAUUGUCUCAGUCGCACAUGCCGUGAGUGCAUGCGGCCUCUUACCAGUGUCUUGUUUUCAAUUAAUUCCGGGUGUCGAUACUCUUCUAUUGUAUAAUUGGACAUAGUUAUGCAAACUAGAACCAACCCCACAACAAGUCACUUUCGAGAUAAUUAGGUUUUUGUUUUAAAGGUGUGUAUAAAGUAAUAGGUAAGUUGUAUGAGAUAAAUAACUUAACAACGUUAAAGGACUGUAUUGGCGAGAAUAUAGGAACACUACGUAAUUCAAUUUUAUGACUGUUUAGUAUUUAUUUAUGAUCAAAAACCUGAUGGUCCCUUAUUGCAAAACUAUUGUUUUGUGGGUUGGUUCUUUGUUGUAAUUUUAUUUAAGAAAAAUAACUGUAAGAGUCUUAUUCAUAUUUUUUUAUUGCAACUUGAACAUACAAACCACAUAUACUACUUUUACACACCAAAAUCGUUAAUAACUACACAAAUAAACCAAGCAAACCACUAUUGUUCAUCAUCUUGUUUACAUAAAAUUACUUAAUCAGCAUUUUCAACUUCUACUUUAAAAUCAACUGUACCAGAAAACCCAUCUAUAUCAUCUUGAAUUCUUGAAUUUCCGGUUAAUUUUUUAUAAUAGUCUUGAGCAUCGUCUGGUAUAAGAUGCAGCAAACUUUUAUUAUAAACUUUUAUUAUUUAGGUCAUUCAUUUUCGCUUCGGGAAUAGGUUUCCCAUUAGGCCAUAGCGGAUCCAUUAGUUGUUUAGUUAAUAGACCUGUAUUUCCUCGUAAACUUUUCUUUAAAUUUACUUCUAUAUGAUCAUCAUCCAGGUUUGAUCGCAUAAAAAUCGAAAACCCUUUGUUGAGCAUUAUCUCUUUUCUACUAAGCCAAGACACUUUAGAGCCAUCAGUAGCUUUCUUUCUCAAAAAAUCUUCUGUUUUCAUUCUGUGAACUUGCAUUGGUUUGUUCUUUUUGCAUACCUGCAUUAUUCACAUAUAGUCAUCUGGCGUAUAUAAUCUUUGCUGUAGUUUUAAAGCAUAUUCGAUUCGGCCAAAAUCGGUAUCGUUAGGCAGGAAACUGUGACCGGAUUCUUAAAAGCGUAGCCUAAUUGUUUCUAGUGUUGGGUGAUCGUUUAAUAAAGCUUUUAGCAUCAACGUUAGUUUAAUAUUUCGGUUUUGACCUCCGCAAGAGUCACUCCAAAGUAUUAAGUUUUUCACGCCGCUAUCGCCAAGCCUAUCCAUUAGAUGCUUAUACAGACAGGAGCCUACUUCUUGAGAUCCCCUUCCCGCUUCACCUUCCACCCAAACAUUGCAAUGGGCCUGGUCAUCGCUUCCUGAGUGGAUUCCUAAAUUGUACACCCAUAGCUGCCUUUUAUAGAAUACAAUAUUAGUUGGUAUACGCGGAAGGGGUAGGGUUUUUUGCAGGUCAAAUGUUAUUGUUUCGGUGAAUCGAUCUUCUUUAGCUAAUUGCAUAUCAUUUUUCAGUUGCUGUUGAAGUGUUUUUGCUCUUUGUAAGUGUUCUCUGUGAGCAUCAUCAACCAGGGCCUUUUCUUCUUCAGAGCCUUGUAACUUUUUGCUAGAAAAGUAGUCGCAUUUGUUACAUGUAUCCUUUUUUAAAGGUUUUGUGCGAAGAUUAAACUUCGUAAGGAACACGCUUUUAACUUUUGAAAAAGAGAGCACCUUCUGUCGAGCCUAUUUUGCUUCAUCUUCGUAUAACAUAUAAAUUGUAGGAAGAGUCAUAUCCGAUCUCAAUUGCUUCAUUAGGUACAAUCUGCUCGCCGAUAGUGGGAGUUAAUACAUUGUGAUUGCUAAGUGGUCUAGUUGUUAACGGAGAAUAGGGUGGAGGCUCUAUACUUUUUUUCUUCAACAUCCUCAUGAGACCUGGUGUUUAUAUAGCUAAAGCACUCCAUGCCAGAAAAAAGCAGUUCGAUACUCUUCUCGCAACUGAUUUCAGGAGUCGGUAGUUCAUGCACACUAAGGCGAUUGGCAUCGGUACUAGGCAAAGCUGCAGAAGAAAGAAACGUUUUACCGACUCAUAUAAUUUAUAAAUUAUCAAACAAGUAGUGCAGUAAAAUCUGCCAUUAACAAACUUCAAUAAUCCUGUUCAAUACUAUCAGUCAUCCAUAUCUUAAAAAGUAGAGAUUUCGUUAAGAUUGGUUGAGAAGUUAAGGAGUGAACACGAAACAAAUAAACUCACAUACACAUUCAGGUAUAUACCUGAAUGCGAAUGUGAGUUUAUUAUUGUAGCAGCAGCGGUGAGUGGCUUUUCGUAAGCAAGCUGAUGGAUGAUGAGGUUUGAGGUUUUGAAGACAUGAAUAAAAAGAUGUUGGUUGCGUGAGAGCAAAGAAUGUAAUGGCCGAUAAAAAUUAACAUAAUACUACGGGCAGUGUUGCCAACCCCAGCAUAGAGUAAAACUGCAGAUAUGCUUGGAAAAAACUGUAGAAAACUGUAAAUAUCAAAUUGAAAAACAGCAAAUCUACAUUUUUAUCUUUUUAUCAUUUUUUAUGAUAUAAUGAUAGUAAUAAAUAGAAUACAUCAUAGGGAGGCAAUCCAAAACAAAAGAAAAAUCAUUACAAAAGUUUUAAUCAAAUUAUAAGUCAAAAGUCCAAAACAUUAGCACUAGCUACACAGUACCUAUCUCAUUUUCAAUUUGUAAAUCUUCUUGAUUUUUCGUUUCAUCUUUAUUUAUCUUGAAAUGUUUUUAUUAAAUUUUUUCAAAUGGUCAUUAUUCACAUUGAAUUCGAAACAAUUUAUGAUUUUUGAUUUUGUUAGCAUAAGUAUUCGUGAUUUCGAUUGUAGAAGAUGGUGGAUAACAGGAUCUUUUAAUUUCUUGUAUUUUGUAGUAAGGCGGGAAUAUACAACACUUUCGUUCGUUGGUUAAGUUUUUCAGGUACAUAUAUUGUGCUUUUGUUAGAUCUAAAUCUAUAAAAGCACUCAAUGCUUCCGUUUUGGAAAGAAUCUUCAUCUGGUCUGAGUCGUUCCACUUACUUGAGAUAUAUAAUUUCUUUUGAGUGUCAGCGGUUCUUAAUUCUUCGACAAGAUGAGCUUCUGUGCACUCCAUAUUCUUGGAGUAGAAGAGUGUUUUUCCUCUUCUUGGUAGAUUCUGAGGAGUCCCCAUAAGCCACGCAUGUUCUUCCUCGUUGGCCAAAUGUUGAUGGCGUAGAAUAUUGUUCAGAAUCCGGUAAAUUUAACGAAUACCCUGACAGCCCUUUCACACGACAGUCCAGUUUUUUACAGGAUCCCGUUUUCUACAGGAUCCCGUUUGAUGGCGAAUGUGUUUAUAUGCUAGCGUUCACACGAGCAUCCCGCAUGCGGGAUCCUGCAAAAAACCGAUCCGGUCGAAUUGUGCCAUUCGGUUUUGUCACUAGAAACUGGAUCCGUAGUCCAGUAAAAAGCGGGAUCCCGUUUAAUCACACAUAUAUUUCAAUAGUAAUCUUCACACGGCUUCCUGCAUGCGGUUUUUUGCUGGACACUGUUUUUAGCGGGAUAGUGGAGUGGUGGCAGCCCCCGCCCCGCGCCCGCCGCGUCACCCGCACAUGUGUAGCGCUCGCGCAUUGCUCUUUUGCGCGGCGCCGAGAUUGCUGUGUUUCGUCGAAAAAUGUCGCAAACAAAUAUUGAUCCCGAACUUCUUAUUACACUAAUUGAAAUUAGGCCUAUAUUAUGGGAUAAAACGCUGGAAAAUUAUAAAGAUAACAACUUGCGAACUGCAGCAUGGCGCGAAGUUUGCAUUGUUUUGAGAGAAGACUUUCAAGAACUUGAGGAAAAAGAAAGACAAAGCUAUGCUAAAAUGGUCGUUAAAAAAUGGAAUCAGAUAAGAGACAGCUGGAAGAGGAGUUUAAAUGCGAAAAAGAAAAUAAAUAAAUCUGGAUCUGCUGCAGUUAAUACCAAAAAAUACUGUUAUCACGACCAGUUGUUGUUUUUAAAAAAAAAUAUGGAUCCGGCUGAAACACAAGACAGUGGCGGUAACAAAGCUGCAGAUAUUGAAGAGGGUGAUACGGAAAAUCCUAUCCAAAAUGAAGAAAGUGAAAAUGAACCUAUUAUCGGAAGUCCAGGACAAGGAAAUCCUGCAGGUGGUGCUAAACGACUUAAGAGAAGUGUACUACCAAGGCAGAGACUUUCUGUAAUGGAUCAAAAAAUGGCGAGUUUCAUUGAUCACCAGAUGAAAAGUCAGCCGAAUACGCAGAAUGAAGAUCGUAACUUGUCAUUUUUUAAAAGUUUACUUCCUACACUAGCUUCACUCAACGAUGAUCAAAUAUUACAAUUUCAAGCAGGUGUUAUAAGUUUGUUGCAAAAUAUAAAAAGCCGCAAUUUUAACCAAUGGUCCUCUCAACAACCAUCUACUUUUAACAACUCUUAUCAAUCAGCAGGUUAUUUCACACCGCAUUACAGCGUUCAGUCAUCGCCAUCUGCACAAUCAGUUGAAUCGCAGAGCUCUGAUUUUCCGGAUUUCACUAAUAUUUAAUUAAUAUUAACGAUCAUCUUGUGAAAAUAUCAUACAUACAUAACUUAUUGUGUUUGGUAAUAAAUAUUAAACUUUAAA